CCUUCUCGGUUCAGUUCCCCUACCAACCGGUGUCCAGUUAUGUUGCCGUGGUGAACGCCGUUCGAAUCGUCUCGUCGCUUGUUUUCAAGACGCGUUAAGUUACGAUACCCUUCGUAACUUCUUAAGUUCUUCUACGGUAUUACGUUCUGUGUCGUUAACUUUCGAACGGUCAAAGAGAACGAUGGAAAUAUGAUCGUGCCACGCGAGUGAUCCAACGAAAUAAUCUUACAUUAGUCCAGUUCGCGCGUGCUGUCGAAUUCGAAAGAGAUAAACAGAUAACGAAAAAGAGAGAAAGAGAGAGAGAGAGAGAGAGAGAGAGUGAGAGAGGGAGAGGGAGGGAGGGAGGAAGAGGGAGAAUCAAGAAAAGGAUUUUUCGUCCUGUCUAAAUCUAAUAGCAUCAUGUCGAAGUUAAUCUUCGAAUCAACAGGCGGUGAAUAAAUUCUAAUGAAGAUCGUCACAUUAGGAAAUGGUCCUCGAAUUUACAGAAUCUGCACGUGAUUCGUGGCGAAGAAGAAAGAGAACGAAUACCGAAGAAAUAAUUUGAGUGUUUUGUAAUAUCAAAAAAAAAAAAAAAAAAAAAAAAAAAAAGGAAAAAAAAAGGAAAAAGAAAAAAAAAGAAAAAAAAAGAGUAAAGCAAAAGUAAAACAAGGAGAAAAGAUAAACAAACAAACAAACAAAAAAAAGAAAGAACGAACCUAUCAAAGAAUUAUAUCAGUCUUUGAUUAAAGCUCGUACGAUAUAUCGAACGAAAGUACAUUUUUAUUUACAAUUCAAAUCCCAGUGAGUUAGAUCGAUAUAAUUAAUCACACAUAAUGUAGCCUGUUAAAUGUGUACAAGUAAAAUAGGAAAUAUAUAUUGAAGAGAAAAUAUGUCGAUCGUUCUUUCAAAAAUCGAAAAUAAAGAGGGUGUAGUGGUAUUACAUUAAAGUAAAAUAAGAGGUGGAAAAAGAAGAAGAAGAAGAAGAAGAAGAAGAAAAAGAAGAAGAAGAAGAAGGUGGUGGUGGUGGUGGUGGUGUUGGAGGAGUUGGUGGAGCUAUUGAUGGUGGUAGUGGUUGUUGUUGUUGAGGUGUAGCCGGAGAAGAGAAUAAUUUGUGCUCUGCACGAGCUUCUUUCGUGAAGGCCGAAGGAGAAAGGAGUGAAGUGUCUCGAGACAGAAUGAAGACGUUGGGUGACGUUGUUGCCGAUCCCGUCGACGAGGAGAAGGACAGUACAGAUUCAGGGCAUGGAACUGCCGGUAAAGAAUUUGGUCAGAGAACUCUAAGAUCCUUGAAAAGAGGACUCGGUCGAUUGUGGAAGAGACAUAGGGGCAAUGCCUCGAUAACCGACUAUGACCCUUGUUAUAAGGUCGCCUAUCUUGGGAAUGUCCUUACUGGAUGGGCCAAGGGCGAAGGAUGCGUCGAAAAGCCAGUGUCGACCUUAUGGCGGAACUAUGUGACCAGCAGCAGACCCGAUGUUUCUAUGAGGUUGACAGUGACCAAUGGUGGUUUAACUGCCACUACAAAAGACCAUGGCUUGACGGAAUAUUGGGCUCAUAGGGUCACUUAUUGCACAGCACCAGUGUCACAUCCACGUUUAUUUGUUUGGGUAUACAGACAUGAAGGACGUAGACUUAGGCCUGAAUUAAGGUGCCAUGCUGCAUUAUGCAGUAAAGAGUCUACUGCGAGAAGGUUAGCAUCGACAUUGAAUGCUAGGUUACAACAGGCCCUUCUUGAAUUUCGCAGGGACAAGGUCUCUAGGCAAAAUGCUAGAUUGUCCUUGGCCAAUGCUCUCUACGAAAAUCCUUCGUUACCAAGGAGAAAGCUUCUAUUGAGUACAGGUGGUCAGAAUUAUCGGCCACCUUUAGAAAGGUCGAAAAGUGCACCGAAACUUUCAGCGAUCGAGGAGGAUGCCGUUGCAGAAGAGAUUGAACAACAAAGACUUCUCGAAGAAUUGAGAACGUUAGAGACCGUAGCCAGAAGUUGGCAAGAUCAAGAUGGCUGGAGAUUGGCACGUCUUUUGGAUGCACUCAAUCGAGAAUCUUCCGAUGAGAAUGGAAGUAUCUCAAGUGGAUGUGAGACAGCUAGUACAGCAACGAGCGAGGAAAGAACAAUUGGACCUGAGGAUCAUCAAACGACUGGUGAGACAGAGCAUCAAGCAAAUGCAAGGAUCCUUUAUACAGAGGAGAAUGAAAUAGGAAGGGAUACCGGACCACGAAGGAAUUCAGAAGGUUCACCGAAUUUCAUGACGUGUGCCGGUAGUCCACGUUUCCAUCGUUGCAACGUUAAACCGAAUCGAAAGAGGUUCUCAUUGAGAAGCGAGGAAGAUGAAUCAAUGGAAGAAGAGGAAGAAGAGGAAACCGAAGACACCGCUUCGAAUCUUUUUGAUUUCGAGGACGUCGAGGAUUUCGACGAUGUGGUGGAUUAUAGACCGAGGGGUGAGAUACUUUGUAGAAUUGAAAAUACAGAGGAAAAGGAGAGGCGAAUAUUGGAGAAAUAUCCAAGCCGAUUGAGCCGUCAAUUGUCACAGAACGAUGAAAGUACGUUUUUGACGUUGGAUUCUCUCGACGAGGAAGCAGAUAGCGAUGAAAGUGGUUACGUUGAAGCACCACCUAAAUCAUUUCUUGGGCAGGAAGAUAAUAGGAAGGAGGAGAGUAAUAAGUUCGAAAAUUCCAAGAAAGAGCUUGACGUUAUUGUAGAUAAUAAAUCGAACGAUAAGUUCGAGCAGAAGGACGAAAACAUGACAAUUGAGAAAAAGACAGAUGAUAGGAAGCAAUUGGACGUAGAUUCGAAUGAUCCUAUUCACGUGAUUGAUGAUAAUCAAAGGAUCAAAGAUAGAGAACGCGAAAGGGCAGAAUUUAUAAAGUGUCCUAUCUCAGAGACGAUCAAGAAGUUAGCCAAUGCCUCGUUAAGAAGCUCCAAAUCAUUGGAAAUCACGACGAAUAGUUGUUCGAAGGCAUUGAAUAAUCUCAAAACGUCCAAAUCCUUCGAUGGUACCAUUAGGACCGAAAACAUCGAAGCAGAGUCACCGAGUUUAUUACAAAGAAAACAAUUGUUGGCUCAGCACGGUGUUAUCGUUUAAAAUAAUGAAAAGAAGAGAAGCCCUAUUUUUCUUUCGUUUGAAAAUUUUAUUUUUUCU